GUUAAGUGUCUACACGCCAAACACAACAAUAAUGGCGUUAACUGUAUUGUGUCUAUUCAACUCAAACGGUUAUGCUCCAUUACCGUCAAUCUAGUUUUUCAAUAGAUCUCUAGAUCAAUAAAAAUGUGCACGUCGAAUGAAUCUUGUGUAUGCGCGUAGGUGCGUGUGCGUGUGUAUAUGUAUGUGCAUUUAGUUUAAGUGACGAGUGACGAGUGACGCCGCAUCCAUCAUUUAAAAGCAUAUGACAUUUUCCAUUACCGAAGUUCAAUUGAAACGCGCACGCGAUUAGUAUUAUUUCAAGCCGUCAAUUAUUAAACGGUUUAAUGAUUUUGUGAAACGACUAUCGUCGAAGCAUAAUUAAAGCAUUAUUUGCUAUUGUUUUACAAUUGUGUUUGUGGUUACUUUGAAAAGCUGUUUGUUAGAGCCAAUGGUCACGUGCGUGCCACCACCACCGCCACCGCCUACGUUAACUAUGCUGCCUAUGGUGCCGAUUAAUCCUUUUGUUGUAGCUCUCAAAACAUCGGCUCCGGCGGCAAUAACAUCACCCACUAGUACGACAACAAACACGGCCUCAAAUAAUGUUAAACCCAAGUUAGCUUUCAGUAUCGACGCUUUGGUGGGAGCAGAAAAGUAUAUAAAACCAUCGCAAAAUGAACAAAUCGUCGAUAGGAAGGAGACGGGUGGCAGAACUUUAGACUAUCGAAUACAAGUGCCAAAUACGUUUGGUGACGAUCCUAAGGAACCUUUGGAAUUGCGGUAUAAACAUGAAAACGCAAGAGAAUCGGAAAAGUCACGCAAUAGUAACGACUUAGACGUAGAAACGCAUGAUGAAUGCAAAAGCCCUACCUGUGAUCCUUCGAUACAUUUAUCACCUGCUCAACGCGAUUCGUUGCUAUAUAGUGGUUCUGUUAGCACACCUUUGCAUUCACCCGCCGCUGAUGCCAUGAUCCCUGAUACGGAUCAGCAAAAGGUAAAAGCAGGCAUAGUGCUACAUAAUUUACCGCCCGGCUUAGUGAGGCCAUUUCCUUUGCCACCACCGCCGCCACCACCAUCGCAUUUAAACUUAAUACGACCGAUAACUAGUCCUCACGAAUCUAUAAACUCUCAAGGACCCCCACCACCUCCUGCUGCCACGCAUCCAGCAACUAUACCCCCUGGGGCUGGAGCCCCUAAUCCUCAUCUUUUGGCGGCGCAAUUUCAAAUGGCUGCUGUGCUGGCUCAUCAUCAACAGCAGCAACAGCAACAACAACAGCAGCAUCAGCAUCAAGCUGGUCUUGGACCUUUUCCACCACCACCAACGCCCGCAACUCAUUUGCCACACGCUCAUCACUUAGGUUUAUUUCCCAACACAUCCCAUCAUCCGCACGCCCAGUUCGGUAAUCCGCAUCUUAUCCGCGACACAUAUCCUUUGUAUCCGUGGCUAUUAAGCCGUCAUGGACGCAUAUUUUCGCACCGUUUCCCAGGAUUUCUGCUGCAACCAUUUCGGAAGCCGAAACGUGUACGUACAGCCUUCUCACCGACACAACUAUUAAAAUUGGAGCACGCUUUCGAAGAGAAUCAUUAUGUUGUGGGUGCCGAAAGAAAGCAAUUAGCACAAGGUUUAAGCCUAACAGAAACUCAGGUCAAAGUAUGGUUUCAAAAUCGCCGAACCAAACAUAAGCGUAUGCAGCAAGAGAGCGACAGCGAUACAAAAAGUCAAAAAGGCAGCACUUCAGGUGAUAAUGAGACCAACAAAUAUGAUGGCUCGCAGACUAGUUUCGAAGAUCAAGAUGAUUUAGACGACGACGCCGAAGAGAUGGAAGAUGAAGUCAUCGAUAUGGAUGAUUAUGAUGAACAUGGUGAUGAAUUAAGCGCCGAGGAACGUCAACGCUUAAACGAACACAUGCAAGAAAUCCAAAACAGACAUUUUGUACACAAUCAUAUGAUACAGCAACAGCAGCAACAGCAGCAGCAACAGCAGCAGCAACAGCAGCAGCAACAGCAACAUCAGCAAUUGCUGCAGCAUCAUCAUCAAUACAUUAUGCAACAACAACAACAGUUGCGGGAACAACAUCAGCAACAACAAUUUUAUAAUCAAAAUGAACAUCAAUCACAAUCACAAUUGACAGAAAAUCGCAAUCCAAAGCAUUAACUGUAGUUUUAAAAAAUAAACUAACAGUUAAAGUUGUUCAUUAAACCUCCCGAAUAACGAUUUGUAAUACGAAACUAUACCCGUGCGAACAGGUCAAUAUCUACAAAGUAAUUAUUGAAGGUGGUCAGCCCCUUACAGUGUCCGCUUCUCGCAAGCUGGCUCAAAGCUUCUUCUCUUCUUUACUGCAAGUAAGUUUCCUUAGUCGAAUUUAUUCAAAAUGAAUUUAAAAAUUCCGCUCGAAAGGCUAAUAAAUUAAUUAUCUUUGCAAAGUGUCGGAUCUAAAAGUGAAGCAUGAUGUUUUCGAACACAAGAAAUGUGAGCAAAGAAAUUUUCGGAUAUGAAAAGAGAAAGCUUUCGAUAGUUUUCCUAAAAGGCCCAGCAUCAAUAAAUAGCCUUGUUUUUCUUUCUUUUAAAUCGACGAAGCAAUUAUUUCGGUUACCUUGUGAUAACGCAUUUCAAGCUCACAGUCUGUAGUUUUCUCAUUUCAAGUUUGGUGUCAGCUGUUUUCUAUUAAUCUGUUCCUACAAGAAUAAUGACUUUUUAUGUAGGGACUAUUAUUAUCCUUGUCCGCGUUUCAACGAGAAUACUCGGCCGAUCGUAUUCAAAUGCCACGUGCCGUCCUUCAAUGAAGGACAGUCAAAGAAGUAUUCGAAUACGUUUACACAGAUUUCAGACGUUUUGUUUGUUUUUUUCGAAAGAUCGCAAAAGAUUGCUCGCGAUUCCCUGAGCGCGGAUAUUGCUAGCACCUUCUGUAGGGUAACGUCGCUUGUGAUAAACGCAUAGAAACGAUUGCUCGAAGAGUAUUUCUAUUGGGAUCCGCUGCAUUGCAUUUGAGCACGAUUUAUACGAUACUUGUGGAAACUUCAUCUGUCCUUCCUAAACACGAAAAAGUAAAAGAAUAUACAGUAAAACGCGAGAGCGUAUUUAUAUGAAUUUUUAUGAUGACGCCCGACGCAUUACAGAACGGCUGGGGAAGGAAGCGAUUGACUUGUCUUAACAAAGAUUUAACGCGUGUACAUGCACGCUAUUCAUAUUGACACGGAUUAUGCGCACCAGACCACAUCUUAUGAAGGGAGUGACACCAACCCAGUCGGUUUCAGUUCGUAAAAUAGAUGGUUAAAAAAUUUGUAAAGACCCUUAGCUCGUGUGUACUACUACAUGCUCAGAUUUCUAAUCUACAGAGGACGUGAAAACAGUGUGUUUAGUCCCGGUCUGAAAAAUAGGCAGGCCCUAGGUGAUCCAGAUGUGCACUGUUGUGCAAAUAUUUUGGAUGUGAUAUGCGAGUGCCUCUGAAAUCUCUUUACGGUCUUCAUGGUCGUUCCCUUCCUUUCCGUUUGUAAAGUUCCAAGGCUGAAUGAUAAAAGUCUGCUUUAGAAAGCUAUACAGUCCCAAUUCUGUGACAGUGACUCAGUACCUACUCUUAUUUAGUUUUUAAACAUUGAAAGCAUUGUUAUGGGAAAGGCAUUCUCUGCGAUUUAAUCGUCUUUUCUUAAACUUAAAAAAUCGAUCGCAACUGGCAUUUCAAACUUUAGAGUAGAAUUUAUAACAAAAUGGCUCUACAUUUUUUUAUCGUCAAAGUCAAAAAUAAAUCAUAAUAUUGUUGUUAUUGUCAAGGCACUACCCAACUGGCGACAAUUCAGUGUAAAAAGACACUGAUUACAAUCGCGUAAUAGUUAUCUCGCAGAUUCUUGAAUUAACAAAAAUGUCGAUCACUCGCAAAUCACACUGAAUGAAUGAUCCCUAUAAUCCCAGUAAGGUGUGACUUUUCACAAGAACUUGGCUUACGGUAAAAAGGUAAGGAACAGAACCAAAAGUUGGCCAGACAAACUCGCCAUCCAAAAUACAAAACUUUUGGAUUUUUGCCUAACGCCUGCCUAUGAAAGAGUCGGUAUUGACGGUUAAUAAGAACCUUAAUCCAAAGAAUUCCAAUUAUUACACUUUUUUUUGAUUUCAAAACAACUUCAAUUUCCUUGUGGGACGACACGGUGCAAAGAUUAAUUCCUUAGUAAGCGGUUCGUUCAGAAAAGCAGAAAAAAAAUGUAAAACGGAAGCAGAAAAACUAGAAUAUAGAAAAAAAAAAAAGUGGAAA